AUGGCUGAGCUAGUGGAGCAGCAACAACAACAGCAGCAGCAACAGAAUGUGGUGGUUAGGCUCAUUAACCUCCCCUUGGUGAGCUCAACAUAUGAUAUAGUGUCAUCUGUGUAUGUUAACACUAAGGAUUCCCAUCCCUACCUGAAAUCGGUGUGUGGUGUGGCAGAGCAGAGUGUGAAGACUAUCACUACAGUGGCUGUGACUGGGGCCAUGCCAAUAAUCCACAAACUGGAACCUCAAAUUGCCAUAGCGAACAACCUUGCUUGCCUUGGACUUGAUAAGAUUGAAGAGAGACUGCCUAUUUUGUAUCAGCCUAGUGACAAGAUUGUUGCUAAUGCCUCUGACGUGGUUGUUGGUGCUAAAGAUGCUGUGAUCCAUGCUAAAGAUGCUGUGAUCCAGAGCAUAACCGGAGUGGUUGAUAAGACAAAGGGAGCUGUGUGUGGCAGUGUGGAGAUGACCAAGGCUGUUGUAAAUGGAAGCAUUAACACUGUUCUUGGGAGCGGAGCUGUGCGUAGGAUGAGCAGUGGUGUUGAUACUGCGCUUACCAAGUCUGAGACUCUUCUGGAACAAUAUCUGCCACCAACUGAUGAAGAACUAGCAACGGAGGCUGCACAAACAGAAGGGUUUGAGGUAUCAACAGAGAAAGCAAGCUACUAUGUUCGCUUGGGAUCCCUCUCCACUAAGGCCCGCAAGCGUGCUUACCAACAAGCCUUGACAAGAUUCAGGGAUGCAAAAUGCAAAAGUCAGGAGGCCAUUACUCAACUUCAGACCACUGUUGACCUGAUUGAAUAUGCCAGAAAAAACAUGAAUGAUGCACAGGAGACACUGUACAAUAAGUGGGAGACACUGUACAAUAAGUGGGUGGAAUGGACCAAGAGCACAGGACAGCAAACUAAUGGAGAGUCUGAAAGUACUGAGCAAAUUGAAUCCCUCACUCUAACCAUCGCACGCAAUCUGACUCGUCAACUACAAACUGCAUGCCUGUCUUUGGUUUCAAGUGUCCAAGGCCUUCCUCAAAAUGUCCAGAACAAAGCCCAGAGUGUUAGUAUGAUGGCUGCAGAUGUAUACCAGAACUUCCUCUCUGCCUCUUCAUAUAAAGAAGUAUCAGACAGCCUAAUCCAUACCAGCAGAGAGAAGCUCACACAAAUUAAGGCUUCCAUGGAUGACGUGAUGGACUUUUUAGUUAACACUCCUCUAAACUGGCUGGUAGGUCCCUUUUACUCAUUGGCUGGUCCACAUGGGGAGGAAGAAGGUGAUGCU